GAUUGGCAUCCACCGCUAGUAAAGUGCAGUAGUUGGUUUUGGUUGGUUGAUUGGCAUCCCACCGUCAGUGAGUUGACAAGUGAUGGCCUUGCACAUUUGCGAUUGCUCUCCCCUCUCAAACCACCACCACCCAAUUCCUCCAUUCAUCUCUCCUCCUUCUUCUUCUUCUUCUUCUUCUCCCAAACACUCCUCCAAAAAACCAAUGCCCAGAGCAGCUUGUUUGCUUCUUCAAAGACGCGCUGAAUCUCAUCCAACUCCAAAUUACUUGAGCAGGAGAAGCCUCGGCCUCUCUGUUGUUGCCAUUUUCUUAAAUGGGUGUUUGCCCAACCUCCAAAACGCCAUUCCUGCUCAGCAAUUGGAGCUUCAGAGGUAUACUGAUUCCGACCAGGGUUUCACCCUCCUCCGCCCAUCCUCUUGGUUAAAGGUUGAUAAAGCGGGGGCAACUGUUCUGUUUGAAGAGCCAAACAAAGGGAGCAAUAAUGUUGGCGUUGUCGUCAAUCCGGUUCGCCUUACCACUCUUGGUGAGUUCGGCAGUCCUCAAUUUGUUGCUGAUAAGCUUAUACAAGCCGAAAGGCGCAAGGAAAGUACAAAAGAUGUUGUGGUUAUUGGAUAUGCGGAGAGACCAGGCCAGGGUGGCCUUCAAGUAUACGAGUUUGAGUAUGAAGUCGAUAGUACAAGAGGAGGGAUGAAGAGGAUAUUUUCAGCUGCAUUUGUGGCCUCAAAGAAGCUCUACCUCGUAAAUAUUACUUACUCAGACAAACCAGAGAGUCCUCUCGACUCCCAUACAAGAACAAUGCUAGAACAAGUUCUUCAUUCCUUUGAUGUAGCACCUUUGACAUAAUUAUCACUGCACUUUGUUCCGCCAUGACUGCGUGCUUUACUAUUUUUGCCCUUGGCUCAAGUAAAUACUUGUCUUGUCAACAUACUCUGAAAGAGAGCAAAAUGGUAUUUUGGAACUACAUUGAAUGAAAGUAAUAUGGUACCUUUGUGUCUGA